AUGCAGCCUGUAAAAUCAUCCACUCAUGCCAGAUCAGCACGUUAUCGUCAAUCCCAUAAUGCCUAUGACGAGGAAGAUCCAAACAGUCCACGAUCAAUGAAUAGCGAUCCGGAUAUUCAAAUCAGCCACCUUGAUUCUGUUUCACAAACGGAUGUGGUUUUUAAUUUUCAAGAUGUAGAGGAACAUCAUCACCAUUACAUACAGAACAAGGCAUUUCAAGAUACAGAAGAAGUGCGUCGUCACUAUAUACAGAACAAUGCAAAUGGUGCAAACAACAGUCCUCGUAGUGCUAAAUAUCGCAGUGAAGCAUCGAGCAAGGCUAAACUUGCCAAGAUCAUCACCGUGCCAGUCCCAGAGGAUCAGAAUCAUUUGAAGUACCAUUCUUCUAACCCUAGGAGUGGUCAGUUACAAGGAGAUCCACAUAGGGGUGCAACAAUUCCCAAGAGCCCUACACAUGGUAUUCCUCAAGGUUCUAUGAGGGGAGUGCCUAAAUCUCCAGGAAUCAAGAGAUCGGUUCCCCACACCCAAGGCCAUGCAAUAACUGGCCAAGUUAGUGCAACUUAUCCUGGAAGCGUACGAGGUUAUGCUAAGAUCAAUGGUCAUCUAACUCAGAGACGACGAAGAACGCCCAGCACAGACACAAAGGGUAGUUCUGUGGCCUUUCGUCGAAGUCGUCCAGAACGAAAGGAAUAUUAUGUUACACAAUUUGACAUAGAGUUUGACAAACACGAACGUCAUCGAUUUCUGCCUGGAGAGGAGCUCACUGGGAAAAUUAUCUUUGACAUAAGUAAUGAAAUGGAUAUUCGUUUCAUAGAACUGUUGAUCAUUGGUCAGACAACAGCCACACUGACACAACAAGAGUCUGGCGUGUCAACUACUAAACGUGAUGUGUUCCUCAGUAAACGUUCCUACAUCAUUGGUACCCCUGAUGGACGUUGGACAUCACUUAUCACGCCUGGACACUAUGUCUCCAAUUUUCGACUACAGCUUCCUGAAGCCAUCCCGACAUCUACCACUUAUCAGGACAAAAUCAACGGAUUCAAUCUGGAGACUACCUACCUUGUGAAAGCUCGAAUUUGUGAUGAUGUUGGAGCAUCUUCAGCACGCAGCACACACUCUAUGAACAAUUUUGUCAAAGUGCUUGUAUCACGCAAACAAACAUUCCAGGUAAAACGUCCUUUUGACAUACAUUCUGUUCCCAUGGCGAUGACACCUGUGUCUCAUGUUGAAGAUGUUCCUAUCACUUGUUCAGUGUUUAGAGUUCGAGAACCUGCAAACAUUCACAUGUCUCUUGAUCGCUCCUGCUUUCUUGCUGGCGACGAUAUCAAAAUUCACCUGGAGAUGGAAAAUCGCUACGCAAACAGAAUUAAAAAGAUUUCAUGUGUUCUGAGGCAAGCAGUUUCUGUGAAAGGUGUUCGUUCAAAGGCCCAAUUCAACAUUGCUAACGUUGAAGAAAAAUAUCCAGAGGGCACAAUCACCAAGACAAACAAACGUAACAUCAUUUUCUAUGAAAUCCAUCUUCCCACACAUACAAACUUUCUACCUAGUGUCAUGCCUGGUUGUCGUCUUGUAACAAUAACUUACAGCCUGCUUAUGACUGUCAAAUUUACAACGUGUGGAGGAAAGCUGACACUAGAUGUCCCAAUAAAUCUAGGCCCAUGCACCGAUCCUGUACAUUUAGAUAAAACUAAUUCAGUCCCUCUCUUCAAUCGACCACUUCGAUUCCCAUACUUCUCCCUACACAGUAACGGGACUGCCAAUGGAGAUGCACACAAAGUCCUGCAGCAAUCAACAUCAGGGCCACCAGUAUCAUCCAAGUUCUCGUACGGAGCAUGUUCAAACCGUUUCUGCUGUUGUUUAGGCGACACAACAUUGCUUUAA